AUGGGUAUGGAAAUUCAUUUGGGGCAUCAGGGAAAGCCUUGUCCAGUACUUGGGGAAAUCCACGAAUGGGAGGACACCGACGAGCCAAUACAUCAACCAGAAGAGGACCUCCCUACCAUACUCGAACUUCCAUUCUUGAACGGCAAGCAAUGCAUAACCAUUGUUGACAAGUCCGGAGUACAUUCGCUCAUGAUACGGUUUUGUCGAUGUCUGAAUGCUUGCACCGCCGACAAGCAAUUAUUUGAGUUAGGCAUGUUUCUGGCAUCCUUCACCUGGCUGAAGACUGCAUUUACCUUUCCAGUGCUGGAUGGUUUCGCCUUGGACAACUUGGAAUGCGGAACUUUGGCAAUGAAUUAUUACAACAAGUUGAGAAGAAUGACAUCAAGUAUAUUUCCGCAACUAGUCCCUGACCGUUACAGAGAAUUGAUGAGGGUAGCACGGCAAUGGCGACAGCUGAAGCUGCUCAAAUGGAAUGGGUUUGGUUAUGAGAGAAGAAGGCCGACAUCCGGUGAACUCACUCUCUUUUGCCCGGCUUGCCCUCAGCCCGGCAUGAAUGCCCCACUACCGGCCAAUAGGAAUCCCGAUGAUCCCAGUUGGGUUUAUGCCCGAUCACUGGUCAUGGACGGCAACUUCAAAGCAGAGCACCUUCAUCCCACUCACCCAGAAGACGAAGUCUGGUUGACGGAUGGACAGUGCUUCAUGGUUUCCAAAGACCAAUAUAAGGCUCAUCUAGCCAUUGCCAAAGAUGUUGUUCAACCGUCUGAGUGCAACAAUCACCGAGCUGUGAACCAGGCCAAUGCGUCCCGACACAAACUAGAAGCUACCGGGAUAGGCGGGUGUGCGUGUGCCCGCCACGGCUGUUUUGUACCUCAUUCGGUUGUGGAUUUUCAAAAGGGCGAACGGCAAAUGAAUAUGGACUACGCCCUAUGUAACACGUUAAGCCACCGCACAGAUGGGCUCAGUCAAGCUUUGACAUUUUAUGACAUUAAUUGUCAGUAUAACAAGCACUUCUGGCGUUGGGUGACCGAGAGCCUCUAUUUGAGCCUCCCUUCUGGUAUGGAGAUCAUACCGGGAAUUGGCCUCUGGCAUGUUCAUGGACACCAAGACAAAUGCUAUGUUCAGUACGCAUCAACGUUUAUCACCGGGGCCGCUAGGAUCGAUGGAGAAAUCAUGGAGACGUUGUGGGCGCCUCUGAAUAUCAUAUCUCCCGCCGUGAGAGGGAUGUCGACUCCCCAUCGGCAAGAGUGUCUUGAUUACCAGAUGAAUGACUCUAAUUUUAUGAAGAUGAUUUGCAUGAGCAGUUUUCUUUGCCGGAAAUAUAAGGAAGCUAUUAAGGGUGUCGCAGAAAGUGCCUCUGCUUUUGACAAGCUCAAUGAAACCGCCGAUCCUAUCAUGGUUGCAACAUGGGAAGCACAGGACCGAUAUGCACAUUCAUGUCGAGUCGCCGAUCCAUCGGCGAUGGAUGUAUUUGAAGUUCAGUUAAAGAGGGCACCAACUCGGAAGCAGCAGGAGCUAGCUUUGCUGUCCUCCCGGGUCAGGCCGAUUGGGCAGGAAUCUGCAAUGAGGAGGCUCGGCAGACACCCCACGGAGACCCAAACCUUGGAUAUCUGCAGACACCGGACAAAAUUGCAAAGUCGGAUAGAUGAAUUUACGAUGGUGGCGGCGACUCAUCUCGGCGAGGGCUUUGACAUUGAUGAUGAAAUCAGAGAUCUCCACUUGGACUUCAUGGAUGAUGAUUCAGAAGAUGAAGGAAUUAAUGGCAGUGAUACAGAAUCUGAACCCGAAGCACAUGGACGUCGGCUGCGGGAUCUCUUCUACCCCGAGAAGACCGUGAUACCUCUGCCAUCUAAUUUCGGCGUAGCACGCUGUGCGGAGCUGGGAGUUGAACACCUCAUUGGUCAGGAAAUUGCACUUCGGGAAGGUCAGGCCAAUGAUGCCUUGCAAGCGAUCAGAAUGCAUCUAGCGGAUAAGGCUGUGCUCUUUCGUACUGCUGUGCAUCCGGCGAAAUCACAAGCCAAGUCAACGAGGGCAUGGACGCAGGUUCAUUCGGUUGAAAGGGUCAUCCGACUCAACACAAUGAUUUAUAUGAAAUGUCGGGCACAACUCGGAAACCUGGAAGCUCAUGGCCUGCUUAAUAAGUACCUCCGGAUGGAAAAGAGCCAUCUCAAAACCACUGCUGCCAUGGCGGACCCGAAUGCCCGGGGGCAGCGAAAUGCAACUCUCCUGUGGUUCUGGUCGCUAGACAUACAAGGCGAUUCUGUCAGCAGCGAUUGGAUGAAUGAAUUUUACAGGGUUUGUUGGCUUCGCAUGAAAGCAUUACGCGACCAAUGGGCGGAAGAACUCAUACUCGUUGAACAUGAAAUGGGUUGGACUCUGGAGUUUUUCCUCUUCAAAGCAAGCACGUGGUUGACAAGGCUCACAUUGAAUGGCGAGGCACAAAUGAAGGGACACAAGUGUUAUGCGAUUCGGCAGGCCCAUAUGUACCAAGAACUUGCCAAACACGCACAGGCUGGCUUUAUAAAGACAAAUCCAACCUUCCGGCCAAUUCCUUAA